UGUCUCGAGGAGGUGGGGUCUGUCCCAUGUGUCGACUGUCUGAUGGAGAGAAGAGGGGCACAGCACAGUGAGUAUGAAAGGACACAGAGUGCUACGCAGAGAGAGACUGCAGGCAUGCAGCGACACGGGGGAGCAUAUAUGUUUAAAGAGGCUGCAGCAGAGUGGGCUAUUGAUGAGGUGUGUUAAGAAUGAGAUCAUCAGAGACCUCAGGUUAAAGAUUAGUCAAGCAUGUGAUUGGACAGUACCUCCCGAAACCUACAGCAUGUGACUUUGCGGUGGAGUUUGUAGACUCUCGCCAUGCUCGCUCUUUGGAAUCUCUAUCUUCUUCUCCCGCUCUCCUUGCCUUUCUCACUCCAUGUCAUAGCCUUCACCGGAGACAAUGUCAAGAAAACCCAAGAGCCAGACACUGACACAGCCGUGCAGCGUCUCACACAGCCCCCACAGAGACCUCGUGGAUCUGGUCCAACACCUGAGAAUCCCAUGUUUGGGUCAGAGAAUAUUGACUUCCUGGGUCUACCUAUGAGUUGGUCCCUAUCGUCAUCAGAGGAAUCAGACAGACAAGGUGUGAUCGGUGAAUACACUGAUUCAGAGGAGAGCACAGAGACAUCACUUUUGUAUCCUUAUGAGAAGGGACUUAUCAUAUCCAGGCCCUCAGAUACAGAAGAUGCCACCUCCAAGGAGAGUACACAGCCAUCACCAGGGGGAGUACCACCUCAACCUACCCAGGGACAAACAUUCAAGUAUCAGUCAGCUGAUAAAAGUGUUGGAUCUGUAUUGUAUUCCACACAGACUGGUGAGAAUCAGCCAAAUUUCCCAGCCUCUCAGAAUGAGACGACCGACAGCCAGUUACCAUUUCUUCCAUCUGGCUCGCUUCCACCAGACCAGGACUCCACUUCACCGCUGUCUGCUGGACCUUGGCCCAGCUCGGAGCACCCCACUCCAUCAGUCGCAAGUUGGAUAUGGAGCACAGGCCCUCCAGUUAUCACGCCGGAGGCGACUGUCCCAGUGAAGGAGACCAGAGAUGGAUUGAUUGAUAUUACGGGUCAUAUUUUGCACAUAGGAGCUGUCAGCAUGGAUGCAGAUAAAGAUGACACCAAGGACGAUGACAGGCAACUCUCCCAGACCAGUGACACACUCUUGCUUAAUGGCACCACAGACACAUCUGCCACACCCUGCAAAGCAUCAAACCAGUCCUGGACGCCCACUUACCCCGAUGAUUUUACCCCCAACGAGUCCCUGCGCCCCACUCUGGCCCUCAGCGCUUCCCUUUUUGUCCCUCUUUACACAGACUGGAACUCUGCCCUUGCCACAUGGGGAUUUGCGUGGGAAGCACACAUCUAUGGCCUGGGGUCUGUCUUUACUGUAUUUGGCCUAAUCUCUGUGGUCUGCUUGCUAGGCCUGCCCCUGCGCUGUCCCCCGGGAAGCCCCUAUUUCACCCUACUGCACUUGUUCCUCCUGGCAUUUGCAGGGAUCCAAGCUUUCUGUUUGCUCUAUGACGCUUACAAUCACCAAGAUCGUCUCCCCCCUCUGGGCUCUCUGCUGCUCUCUGAGCUGCCUUUCCCUUGUUUAAUCUCAGCCUUCUCCCUUGCCUUCCUCCUUCUUUCUUUGCGUUCACGCAUGCAUCUUUCACUCCGACUUGCUAAUUCCACCUCAUUUUCAGCCUUGCCCAAACCUUGCCUGUUACUGUGUAUGUCCCUGUUGUACUCUGGGGUCUCUCUAGGGUGUGUUGGCAUGCUCCAGCUCUUCCACAGCCUCCCCUCCAUGAUCCUGCUAUUCCCUCAGGGUGUGUUUGUGUGUCUCACUGUCUUUCUCUCAUGCUCCUACCUCAUCUUCUACUGCUUAAUGCAAUUCAACACGAAACACAUCUACAGGCUGAAUGACAAUGGAGAGAGCGGAGGAUCUCCUGAAGUGACGCGACCUGCAAGUUGCCCCUUUGCUAAAGUGGAGGAUUGGGGCAGGGCAGCAGGAGCGGGAGUAGGGGCUUCGUUGUGUUUGCUAGGAUGUGGAGGCUUCCAGUUUUAUGGGAUCUUGCAUGCCCUUGGUUUGGGUGGGGUUGAUGGCUAUGGGUUCCAGCCCUGGCCCUGGUGGGGCUAUCAGGUAGGCUGCAGGAUCUGUGAGAUUGGUGUGUGUCUGGGUCUGUCUCUCAUUGGUACACACCCACUAUUCUGUCAGAACAAUUCCUCUAUCAAGACCAUAACUCAUCCUCGGCCAGGAUCUUGGUCCCGCCUCUCAUGCAGCUCCCCCUCACGAGGGCUAACCCUGCCCUCUCAGGGAGGUGCAGAUUCUUCUGUCCUCUCCUCUCAUGAUUCUUGGUCCCAGGGUAAGCAGGAAAAGCUGGUGGUCUGUGAUGUCAUCACUAAAGGACAGUCGGAGGCCCUUCCUCUUUUCUCAAUGGUGGAUCCUCCUGGAAAUGGGCAAGACUGUGUCCCCAAGGCCAGCCAAACUCGGAGCACUGUACUACCUCUCCCUACACCCCCAAGCCCACCGCACAAACCAAAAAAUGCAACUGAGUCUCAGCUCUCAUCAUUCGAUAGCCUAGGACUGGAGACUGACUCUACUGUGGAUCUGCGGCCCCCAUCUCCCAUAGAUUUGUCCCGCAGCAUUGACCAGGCUCUUUUCAAUGAAUCCCUAUUCUCUCAUAGUAUCUUUGGUUUGCCAAGACUCUUCCAUGCUUCCUCCAGCCACUCUUUGAGCUCUCCUAACCAGGGUGGGUCAAAGCAAGGGCCUAGCUCUGUGGAAAAUGCCCUAUACCGAACCUCUUCCUGUGGUGACAUGGAUCAAGAGAAUGCCCUGUCCACUUCAAGACCUUCCCAGCCACAUGGUGCUUUGACGUCUCACAGCAAGUCACCAGUGUCACCAGAGCAAUGGGAUUGGAAAGAAAGUGUCUCUGGCUCAACCCAGGGUCUGUGCAGCAAUCCCAAGGAGACAGGAAAGCUGCGUUCACAUUCCUGGGCCAACAGAGGUCAAAACUUUGCCCAGAGCAGCCUCCCACGAGCAAUCCCUCACCUGUCUUACCACAGGCGUUACCGAACCCUGAGCUUAGCCUCCCAGGACAGUCGCGGAUCCAGCCGGCUGGCAGGGACUAAACACCUGAGUGAAAGCAAACAGCUGGAAUGGGAUCUGGCUGUACAGGCAGAGUUUGUUAAUGUGUGCAGACAAAUUGACACUCUGAGUGUUUGCAGUGACACCAUUGAACUGUAGAAAGCAAUACAAUUCUAGUUGUGGUUAAAAUGCACAUGACAUUGUACAGAAAUAGCAGACUCUGACAACAUGGUCUCACCUCCAACUCGUCAAAUACCAAUGCUUGGUUAGUGGCCCUUGGUGUCAGAUACUGACCCACAGGGACACCCUUUAGCGAGAUCUUCACAGACUUUUUUUUUGACACUCUGAGCAACUGCCGUAGUACAAAGAAUGAGAGGGUCUGCAUUGGGUGGGUGAAAGUGGAGGUGGAUGGUUCAAACAAAGUCUGGACUUUCACCCCUGAGAUCGAAAUUCAUGUCCCAUGUGAAUCCAAAAGUCAAUUGAGUUACUUUAAUAAGAACGUGGAGUUCUAGUAAGUAUAGCGUAUGCUACUGAUGUAGGACACAUAAUGGUACAUUAUGUUAGUGACAAGCACACUUGUUUUGAGCCAAAGCAUGAUGUUUUUUUCAAAACCUAACCACUUGCUUUUGUUGCCUAAACCUAAGAAAGUACAUGUAAAAACUGCAGCCCUAAUUUCCAGAGACUGUAUGCAUUUAAUGAGCAGAAACUGUAUAUUUUCUGUGAAAAAAGUUUAUUUUCAAAAGACGUUAUACACUGACCAAGCAUUGGUAUUUGACAAGUUGGGACUAAGAAUGUGUUAACUCUAAAGGUUAAACAAAAUGAAAUAAUUUCUGAAAAGAAAUUAUUUUAAUUUAGACCCAACUUAUUUUCUAUAAAUACUGUAGGCCUACUGUUGAUACACUGUUGAUAUUCUACUGUUGAUAUGUUGAUAUUGGUCAUUCCAGUUACACAUUCAUGAAUGUCAAGGAUCAAAUAUCUUGUGGUACAUAGUGCUUUCAAAGAGUUAACUUAAGCAGGAAGUUUAAUAUUUGUAAAACUGAUAUGUGGAAUUUUUUUUAUAUUUAAAGCUGUCUUGUAGAGAGAAGUCUAUGAAAGGGAAAGGAGCCCUCUUUAAUAGUGAGUGGACAAACAAUUUGGGCUCAAGGAACAUUUCAUUUUACAGCACUGAUGUACUGUUGUUUUCAAUAGUGGAGAAAAAUGGGACGCUGUCAGAGGAUCUCAUCGUAUAAUAAAAUAAGUCCAUUAAGUUGUGUGCAAAGUUGUCAAAUUUAUAUUUCAUCAUGGGAACAGACAUUUGGCAUGAAAUGUAGUGCUUUCCUUACAGGAUUUUUGAAAAUUACGAUGUUAUUUCAGUGUGGUAUAAAAAAUUUGGAAUUAAAGAAAAUUAAUAUAAACAGGAUGAGUUUGAGAGAUUUUCUCUUUUACUCUCUCUUUUUUUUUUCCUUUUUUAUGUUUCCUUUCUAUCUACGAGGCAAACUGUGGCACCCGGUUUUGCCAAGACAAAGAUCUGGGCACACAGUGAAAACACCACGGAGAAAAUUGAGGUGGUUACAAUUUGAAUAUAUUGCCCUCUAGUGGCAAUGAGAAAAACAACACCUUUUGCUCUCUGGAGAUAUGACAAAAAAUGUUAAAACAGAGUUUUAAAAAAUGCCCUUUUGGAAUUAAAUUUAUUCAU